GUGGAGUUAUGGGAAGCACUUUUAGGAAUGGGUCCGAAACAUAUUUAGUUUGUCACGACAGUUACGAAGAAGAGUUGCAAACACCUGACGAUUGCUUGGACAAUCCGCUCCAUAUCUCUUUUAAGUGUCGAAACAUAAUCUACCUCGAAUCUUGAUUUUUGUCGAGUUUGUGAUAUUUCCCUGAAGCCUCUCCAGUGGUAAAUGUCUUAUUGUUCGUUUUUAUAGCAAUACUAAUAAAUAACGUAACUAGCUGAUAAGGAAACAUUGCACUAUAUUUUUGAUUGUUUCUGUUUAUACUAUUUUGCACUGAAAUAUUGGUGAAGAUGCACACCACGCAGAAGGACACGACCUACACGAAGGUUUUUGUAGGGGGUCUUCCAUACCACACCACGGAUUCCAGUCUCAGGAAAUAUUUUGAAGUGUUUGGAGAAAUUGAAGAAGCAGUCGUGAUUACCGACCGACAGACCGGCAAGUCCAGGGGGUAUGGAUUCGUGACGAUGUCGGACCGCUCGGCUGCAGACAGGGCCUGCAAAGAUCCAAACCCCAUCAUCGACGGCAGGAAAGCCAACGUCAACCUGGCGUACCUGGGGGCCAAGCCACGGGUGAUGCAGCCAGGUUUCACUUUUGGUGUUCCACAAAUCCAUCCUGCCUUUAUCCAAAGGCCUUAUGGGGCCGACUCUCAGGAGAGCUGCUGUUUCUCAUUCAGAGAUGACAAAGAAGAGAACAGUGAGAGGAUCCCUGCUCACUAUGUGUACCCUCAGGCCUUCAUGCAGCCAAGCACCAUGGUCAUUCCCCAUGCCAUGCAGCCCAGUGCAGCCUCUGCCUCCACCGGUUCCUCACCAUACAUCGACUACACUGGAGCCGCCUACGCACAGUAUUCCGCCGCCGUGGCGGCUAGCGCUGCUGCCGCCUACGAGCAGUAUCCCUACGCUGCCUCCCCUGUAGCGGCCGGAUACAUAACUGCGGCCGGUUACGGCUACGUUCAGCAGCCCCUGCCUACGGCCGCACCGGGAUCAGCCGUCGCUGCAGCCGCAGCUUUCGGUCAGUACCAGCCUCAGCAACUGCAAGCUGAUCGCAUGCAAUAGCAGCCACUGCAGCCAUUGGACACGAGGAGGAUGGGAGGCCCACGGCUGAUUGGCUGUGCAGAGGAAAGGAGGUGGAGGAAGAGAGAGGGGCCGUGUUGUUGAGUGACGGAGUCGUUAAGAUGGUGGUGGUGAGGUGGGAGCUCCAUACAGUAGCUUUCCAACUUGCUGUACUUAAACCCCCCCGCCACACAAAAAAAUGAGUAAACGUUACCAAUUCACAGAACAAAGUAAGGUGGAUAUAUCCUUAUGAUUAUUAUUGUUGUUAUUAAUAUAAUUAUUACUAUUAUAAUUGUAGUAGAGUAUUUAUUUAUAGAAGAUAAAUGCAACGACUAAGCUUGGUGUAAAACAUGACCGUAGGUUCCAUUGCUGUCAUUAACAUAGAAGAGAGGGAGCGUUCUCUUUACGGGACACUUAGACGUGUCCCAAAGUGUUUUGUGUUCUGAAGCCCUUAUAACAUAUAUUUAUUAUCACAUUUCGAGGACUCUUGUCGUUCUGUCUUUUCAUGUGCAUUGAAGUAAAUGUUGUGAUAAUCAGGGAAAUGGACCAGUUUCCAGUGUGUUAGUAAAGACAACCUCUGUGUGUCAGGGAGGAGCUGAAAUAACUGUGGAGAAAAGGUGAAAGUCUUGUCACGCGUUAAGAACAUCUUCCUGAUGCUGAUUGUCCCUUUUUUGACUCUGUAUCUUGAUCUCUUGACCUAUGCAAAGCAAACAGUUCACCAGGAGACAAAAAAGCUGCAGGAAUAACCAAAAAUGCCAUCUACUCAUCAACUCUUCAAAGGGCAUCACAAACAAUAUGACGGCAACUCCGAAAGAAAGGUUUUCAGACAAUGAGAAGCACCAAAUCAGUUACUCUCAAACACAUUCAUUACGCACACACACACAGUUGUGUACAUAGUGGUAAAGGACAAAGGGCUCAGUCGUGUUCCCCUCUGGCUCUGUGCAAUGGGAUCUAGUCAGAGUGAAAGAGGGGGGGAGCAGCUGCGGGUGGGGAGGGGGUGGGACAGUUAGCCCAGCGCCACACAGAUGGAUCACUCUGGAAAGAACGCAUCACUUGUGCUUAUUUGUUGAGUUGUCACAUUUUAAUCCCUGGGCCCAUUUGGGAACUGGCCCCUCUGGCCUGCCUGCCUGUCUGUCUGCCUGGCCCUGUCAGCAUUUCCACCUCUGUCCUCUGUCCUAGAGCUGGCUGGCUGGGCUGGUGUCAGGUACAUACACUGCCCUCCUAUCCUAACCCUAACCAACCCCCCUAGGCCUUGUCCUGUACCCACUCCUCACAGCCUCACCAACUCCUCCUCUACCCAGACUACACACCCCAACUCCAGGGCUCCUUUCUGUGGGUCUGGAAAGUGGUGGCAGUGGGGAAUGUAGAAAGGGGGUGGCGGGACUGCAGGCACUUGACAUGAAUCUGGGGGUUCUUGUGUGCCUCACAUUUGUGUUGCUAUUUAAGAGAGUAAGAAAAGAGAUCUAUUUAAGAUAUUUAUUUUCAGAGUUGACUGUUCUAUGCGCUUAGUGGCGGUACUGAAUUACUAUUGUUAUGUAUUCAUCUCAAGGCAUAUAAGUUAUUGAGUAGAUUUAGUUGUAUUAUUAUUAACAUACUCUACCAAAAAUGUUGAUUUAUUUAAGAUACAAUUCUGUAUGUGCACUGUACAAUUAUACUUUUUGCCUUUUUGAAAUCUUAGAACAUGACAUUAAAUAUUGGCUAGAUUAAUGCCUUUUGUAUGAAACUUUAUUUAAAUGCAGGCAUACUUGCGUGCAGACUGUUAUUCUGCCUCUGUUUAGAACCGUUGGAAAAGACAAAAUCCUGGCAAAUUAGCAAAAUGCUUGCUUUAUACAUUAGAAUGUAGUCAUUGUCAUGGUUUGGAUAGCUGUGCUUCUAUUGCUUUUAAUAUACAUCAGAUGGGCUAUUUUACACUUGGGAAUUUUUAUACUUGAACUAUUUCUUACAAGGGAAAAUAUGAAAAAUAAAUGACAAAAAAAUACUUUUUAAGGAAGCUUUUCAUUGUCACUGGAUUAAGGCAUGUACAGUGUUAAAACCUUAUUUCAGAAUUUCAACACUAUUUACUCUAAAUUGAAAUAAAAGGUUCUAUAUUUAAA